AUGGCGAAGAAGGGGCUGAUUCCGCUCGUUUGCUCGCUGCUGUUUGCAGCAUUCCUGUUGAAUUCCCAUGCAGCCAAUGCCAACGAGAGAAAAAUUCACGUUGUGUACAUGGGAGACAGGCUAAAGGGAGACCUUUCUUCGAGAGGAGUGCAUCAUUCCAUGAUGACCAGCGUCCUUGGAAGCUCUUUAUCAGCCAAAGAAUCGUUAGUCUAUAGUUAUGGGAACUUCAAUGCAUUUGCAGCAAAACUAACUGAAGAAGAAGUUAAAAGGUUCUCAGAGAUGGAUGGAGUAGUUAGAGUGAUUCCAAAUCAUAUACUACAACUUCACACUACAAGGUCAUGGGACUUCCUUGGUUUCAGCCAAAGCAGUCUAGGAGCCAAGAUUGAAGGAGAUGUUGUCAUUGGGCUUCUUGAUACAGGAAUCUGGCCGGAACAUGAUAGCUUCACAAACCAAGGACUUGGCGCUCCACCCUCUAAAUGGAAAGGAAUUUGCCAAGGUGCCAAUUUCAGCUGCAACAAUAAGAUCGUUGGAGCCCGAUAUUACAAUAGUGAGGAAUGGUACUCUGACACCGACUUCAAGUCUCCUAGAGAUUCUGAGGGACAUGGAACCCAUACUUCCUCGACUGCAGGUGGCAACAGAGUGGCCGAUGCAAGCUACUACGGGUUAGCUAAUGGAACUGCAAGAGGUGGAGUUCCUGGUGCAAGGAUUGCCAUUUACGUCCAAGGAUUCCAUACUUUUGAUACAUGGAUGGACCUUGGAAUGUUGGUUUCUUCUGAAACUUUGAGUUCUGUGGAGGGAAAUUACAUUAACUUCCUCUGCAAGCAAGGUUACAACACCACAACCAUAAGACUUAUCACAGGUGACAACAGCAGUGUAUGCACCAGCACCACGCCUGGGCCAGCUUGGGAUCUCAACUAUCCUUCAUUCUCAUUAGCUGUGCUUGAUGGCCAGCCAAUUUAUGGUGUCUUUACCAGGACAGUGACCAAUGUUGGCUCACCAAACUCAAAUUACACUGUCUGGAAGACGACCCAAGGCGACUUCACCAUUAGCGUAGAGCCCGAAUUUCUGUCAUUCUCAACUGUGGGAGAAAAGAAGUCCUUCACCGUGAGGGUCACCGGUCCGCAUAUUUUACAGCAACCGAUUACAUCUGGUUCCAUAGUAUGGUUAUCUUCGGAUUACAAAUAUAGGGCGAGAAGUCCAGUUGUGGUCUACAAUGUUCUCCCUACUCCCUAUUCUCCUUACUACUCCAAGUCCCAGAAGAAACCAACAUUCCAACGUCCUUCCAUGUAUCAAAAGAAUGGGAUCCUUGGACGUAACUAA